GAGGAAACCGUGCCUCUGUAUACCGACCUCAGUUGUGUACUUACAGGAAGAGCUGUAUUAGUGAAACCCAAAGGCGAACUAGGCACUGGAAGCUUUUGUUAUUUUGUGCAUGCCGUUGGCCACGCAAUUCAUGUGUGGGAACCAAGUUUGGCGAUGGCUUGCGGCUGACAGCCACCUCACAUCCCAAAGACAUACUAUCUUGCAUACUCUCGCAAGCCGCCACCGACUGUCUCAACGUAUUCGAUGGCCUGGGGUAGUUACAUGGCUCGGUCUCUAGAAUCGGAAUUAAACACCACCAUAAGGCAGGCCUACCGGACCUAGCGUCCCCUAGAGGUUCAUAAGCGUUACCCUCCAAGGCACCAAAGGCACCCCUCAUCCACGAACGGUUCUUCUGCUCCUUCCGGUUGUUGAACGUUUGGCCCAGGAUGUCGAACCUUGACAGCAUUCCAGAAGACUACCAGGAAAAGUGGGGCCAUCCGACCCCAAAGCGGACGCCCGUUGUCAUACGGAGAUACUCCUCCGAGACGGGAAGGACUCUGAGCAGGACAACAAGCAAUGCAAGGUCGGUGGUCUCAGUGGCACUUUCAAGAAUAGCCACCACCAUGGAUGAACAUAUUGAUGAAGAGGACUCCAAUCUCGUCAACUGGGACGGCCCCAAUGAUCCUGCGAAUCCCAAGAAUUGGAACCCGAGAUAUAAACAGUUCUUGACGGCACUCACUGGCCUACUUACUAUCAACGUGACGCUCUGCUCGUCUGCACCAGCAGCUUCAGUUUUUUCUCUCUCCAGACGAUUUGGAAUCAGCCUCGUGGCCAGUCAGUUGAUCACAUCCCUCUUUCUUCUUGGCUUUGCCAUCGGACCCAUCAUUUGGGGAACGACUUCAGAGAUGUAUGGACGUCGGAUUGUUUUCAUCAUCUCCUUCUCUGGCUUUACCCUAUUCAUCAUCGGUCAAGCAUUGGCUGACAAUACCGCAACGCUCUUCAUUACCCGAUUUUUGAGUGGGCUAUUUGCCGCUGCCCCAUUGUCCAAUGGAGGAGGUGUCGUGAGUGACUUGUGGGGGCCCGUGGAAAGAGGAAAAGGAGUAGGUAUUUACGCAACGUCUGUAUUCGUUGGGUCCGUGCUUGGUCCUGUGAUUGGGGGCUACCUGGUCCAGAGCGGGCAUCAAGGGUGGCGUUGGUUGUUUUGGUGCCUGUUUGGAUUUUCCUUUGUCUGCUGGGUUUUAUGCACCGCUUUUCUUCCGGAGACAUUCGCACCUGUCCUUCUCACUCGAAAAGCUCGAAGAUUACGAAAGGAGGAUCCGGUAAAGAAUAAGGACUUGUAUACCGCUCAUGAAGGGGCUGAUUGGAGUUUCCGGGGUAUCGCCCAGCGUGCAAUUAUUCGCCCUUUCGUCAUCAUGGCUUUGGAGCCUAUCUUGAUCCUGCUUACACUUUACUCGAGCUUGAUCUAUGGAAUUCUGUUUGGGUUAUUCGAGCUGUUCCCAAUCAUUUGGGGAGAACGUCGCGGGUUCGAUAUCGGGAACACAGGACUUAUCUUCCUUGGUAUAGGGAUAGGCACCACUCUCGGUGGCUUCAUUAACGUACCUUUGCAAAGGAAAUUUGUUCAUCUCGCGCCCUUAUGGCAAGGCUUCCCUCCACCAGAGGAACGUCUUGACGCUGCAAUUAUCGGCGGACCUUUGUUGGUUAUUGGAAUCUUUUGGUUGGGAUGGACAGGAGAGUACUCCUCCAUCCCGUGGUAUGUUCCAGCUCUGUCGACGAUCCCUAUUGGGAUGGCGAUCAACUUGAGUUUCGUCAGCUUAUUGGGUUACAUUAUUGAUACCUACCUCAUUUACGCGGCGUCUGCGUUGGGUGCGAAUGCAUUUUUCCGUGCUAUGACUGCAUUUGCGUUUCCCCUCUUCACACCCCAGAUGGUUCACCACAUGGGAAUUCAGUGGUCAUGUACGCUUCUUGGCUGUUUCUCCCUCCUCCUCGCGCCAAUUCCGUGGCUCUUCCUCAAAUAUGGGCCGCAAAUUCGUGCACGCUCCAAGUGGUCCCCCAAUCCUGACCUGAAAAUCCGAGAGGCGCUUGAAGGUGCUGGCCUAUUGUCGAUGCAGAGCCCCAGGACGAGUACAGCAAGCUCGAAAGUUUGAUCCUUGUUCUUGGUUUCUUUCUAAUUACGUUUCCACUCAAUGAUCUGG